AUGUCUCGCCGACGCCCGAACUUCUCGACUCGGACCGCUGAAGAAGACGUCGCGCGUCUGGACCCAAAUGAGUCUGGGACUUCGCCCUCAGGGGACCGGGCGCGGCUGUUACACUGGCCAGCACACUCGUGGUUCCGUCACCAGCAGUCGGACCCUGAGUCCCCAGACCACCGUCAUGCAUUCUGGGCGAGCCCUUUUCGUGGCCUCUCACAGUGGUGGAAUAAGAAGAAAGUACAUGAAGAAGAGCUUGGAGGCACUGGUGACAACACUCUGCGGCGGACAUCUUUGUCGACAGGCCCUCUGCGCGAUAGCAGCGCCGACAAGAAGGAUAAGCCUGGAUAUCGGUCUCGUUCGAUCGAGGAACAGAAGAAGCUUGGCACGUUCUCUGGCGUUUUUGUUCCCACAACGUUGAAUGUGCUGAGCAUCUUGAUGUUCCUGCGCUUUGGCUUCAUUCUAGGUCAAGCUGGGUUACUUGGCAUCCUAGGACUUCUCCUGAUUUCGUACUUGAUCAACCUGAUUACAACCAUGUCGCUUUCUGCUAUUGCCACCAACGGUACUGUUCGAGGCGGUGGGGCGUACUACUUGAUAUCUAGGUCACUCGGCCCUGAGUUUGGCGGAUCUAUUGGCGUGGUAUUCUACCUGGGCUAUGUCUUUAAUACCGGCAUGAAUGCCGUAGGUCUGGUCGAUUGUUUUACCCAGAACUUUGGCACCAAGUCUGGUUCAUUGGCCAAUUUCCUGAUGGAAGGCUUUUGGUGGCAGUACCUCUGGGGCACAAUCAUCCUUAUUCUUUGCACCGCGAUCUGCCUGGCCGGAAGUUCCAUUUUUGCGAGAGCCAGCAACGGACUUUUGAUCUUGCUUCUCAUUGCGACCUUUAGCAUCCCGCUCUCUGCAAUAUUCAUGAAGCCAUUCUAUUCCCUCAAAGAGCAUGUCGAAUUCACUGGCCUGAGCUGGAACACUCUGGUGGACAAUCUGAAACCUCAUCUGACGAAAGGUGCUGCUGGCAGCCAGUUGAAAGGCCGAGAGAAUUUUCAGGAUCUUUUUGGUAUCCUGUUCCCCGCAACGGGCGGCAUCUUCGCUGGUGCGAGCAUGUCUGGCGACCUCAAAAACCCUAGCAAAGCCAUUCCAAAGGGUACCCUGGCAGGUCUCGCCUUGACAUUUAUCACGUAUACACUGGUCAUUGUUGCUAUGGCGGCUUCAAUCACCCGGCAAUCCUUCUACAACAAUGUCAAUGUGAUCCAAGUAGUUAACUUCUCGGACACAAUUAUUCUCCUAGGAGAGUUUGCAACCAGUUUCUUCUCUGCUCUUAUGGGUGUCAUUGGGUCGGCAAAGCUCCUGCAGGCCAUUGCUCGGGAUAGUCUCCUCCCUGGAUUCACGCUUUUUGGCCAAGGAACAAAGAAGAAUGACGAGCCAAUCUAUGCGAUCAUUGUCACGUAUAUCUUUGCGCAGGUCACAAUGCUGUUUGAUAUCAAUCGCAUCGCAUCCUUUGUGACAAUGACCUAUCUAAUGACAUUCCUGGUGACUAACCUAGCUUGUUUCCUGUUGAAGAUUGGAUCAGCGCCCAAUUUCCGACCUUCAUUUCAUUACUUCAACUGGCAAACUGCAGCGACGGGAACGCUUGUCAGUGGCAUCAGCAUGUUCUUCGUUGAUGGGCUCUACGCUACUGGAUGCGUGGGCAUCCUAUUCAUGCUCUUCUUGCUGAUACAUUACAGCUCGCCACCCAAACCGUGGGGCGAUGUCAGUCAAAGUCUGAUCUACCACCAGGUGCGCAAAUACUUACUCCGUCUGCGGCAAGAGCAUGUCAAAUUCUGGCGGCCACAGAUUCUGCUCUUUGUAAGUGACCUUGAUCGGCAAUACAAGAUGGUCUCUUUUUGCAACUCGUUGAAAAAGGGAGCCCUGUUUGUCCUCGGCCACGUCCUGGUGACGGAUGACUUUGCUGCGGCGGUUCCGGAGGCCCGUCGACAGCAGACUGCCUGGACGAAACUGGUAGAAUAUACGAAGAUCAAAGCCUUUGUCAAUAUUUCCGUGUCUCCUUCGGCAGAAUGGGGAAUCCGGAACAUCGUUUUGAAUUCAGGGCUGGGAGGCAUGAGGCCUAACAUCGUCGUGAUCGAUCAAUUCCGACAGGAUCAGUCUCUUGCGGAAGAUUUGUCUCUUGGUACGAGUCGCAGAGACUCUUCUAAAUCGAGACGCCGGUCCUCCGUCUUAGGCUCAAGACUAGACACGUCGAAUGACUCUGACGCAACUGGCAAAGGGAUGACGAGCCAGAAUUAUGUAACGAUUCUGGAGGACUUGUUAUUCCAGCUUCGCAUCAAUGUUGCAGUCGCCAAGGGAUUUGAAGAUCUCGAGUUGCCGGAUUUACAUGGCCGCCACACCAAGAAGUACAUCGAUCUGUGGCCUAUCCAGAUGUCUGCUGAACUGGGAGCGGACAACGAGAGCAAACAGAACGUUCUCACCACAAAUUUCGACACAUACACAUUGAUUCUUCAGCUAGGUUGUAUUUUGAACACCGUUCCUUCAUGGAAGAAGACGUAUAAAGUGCGGGUCGCAGUGUUCGUCGAAUAUGAGACCGAUGUGGAAGAUGAAAGAGGGCGGGUGGAGGCUCUGCUCGAGAAGUUGCGCAUCGAAGCCGAAGUGCUUGUGUUCUGGCUGGCUUGUGGAGAUGUCAAGGCGUACCGGAUUAUUGUGAAUGGCGAUACCUCCCCUGAGAUCGCUGAUGCGGAGGAGAACGUUCAUACUGUUCUGAAAGACGAAGAUUGGUGGCAAGGGGUCAUUCGAGCUCGCAAUCCCGAGAAUAUCCAUGACCAAGAGGAUGGGAGUGAGGAAAUCCAGCCUUUUGACAGAUCCUCUACUUGGCAAGGCCCGGCGAGCCAGGAGAGCGGGUACCGGCCCCAUAACCAGCGCGUUACUGGCCUCAGGAAGUUGAUCCAGUCGACUCGGCGCCGGAGGUCCGUGUCCAGCUUUAGGACACUGGGAAGUGUCAAUCUAGGCAUGCAGACCCAUCGCUUGCUGGAUGCCUUUGUUGAUUAUGACGGGGACAAUUCAUCGAGUGAGAGCAGCGAAGAGAGCGAUCUGGAGCCAUACCUCAGUGAUCCGGAGAUCUAUGAUGACGAUGACAAUGAAGAAGCUAUACAGGAAGACGUGGCAAGCAGUCGUAACGAAAGGGAGGGCGCUUCUCGACCUCUUGAACGCCCCCAGAGUGAUGACCGCAGCUCCAACUUAAGCCCAUCGUCUCGUCCACCGAUCCCAUCGGGCUCUUCCGCCAGCCAGGCAAUUCCAUCAAUCAUUGCGACGGGCGACGAUGCUUCUCCGAAGAGCAAAUCACCCAUGCGACGGCCCCCGAUGAGCCGCUCAGCAUCCAGCAAUCGGUUUAGCUCGUCCCCCAUCCCGGAAGCAAAGGUAAAUACCGAUGAGGGCGCAGGUCCGUCCAUCAUGUUCGCGCCGCAUGCCUCCCCUCCUCGCUUCCCGUCCAAGUUGGAGUCCAUCUACGCGCGGCGCCAGGCGGCAGUGUCGCCCACGGGCCCCGACACUCAGAGCAGCCAACCUGCGUCCGGCUUCCCUGGGCCCGCCUCGGUUCCCCUCUCAUUCAAUGACCUCCCCAGUCGUGCGCAGCAUCUGAUUCUGAACGAGUUGAUGGUUCAACAGAGUGGUGAGACAGCCGUCAUCUUCACGACUUUGCCGUCUCCCGUCGAGGGGACGUCGCGGGCCGAGGCGGACAGUGCGUCGUAUCUGAGUGACCUGGAGAUUCUAUGGCAAGGGUUGCCGCCGUGUCUGCUGGUCCACAGUAAUAGUAUGACAGUGACGAUGAAUCUAUAA